AUGGCAAACCUUUCAAAACCUAAGUAUGUUACAAAUCCUUUAGCCAUCGCUGGUAAUUUUCAACCGAAUCCAACUUUAAACCGACUUGUAAAAUUUCUAAACUCGGUAUCCGGAACUGAUAAAGUUUUAAUGUUUGUUCAAUACUUUUCAAAAAUUGUUAUUUGGUCUCUAUAUCGUACGGGAAAAAAAUCUUUGGCCGAAAGUUUUGCUAAUUUAAGUUCUCCUAUUGGAGAUUUUAGAAUUCUUCUUCGUUAUUAUGGUUUACUUCCUUUAAUUCAAUGGAUGAUUCACAUUGAACAUAAUCCACCUCCAACAUCAUUACUUUUAAAUAUCGAACGAGUUCAAAAUUUAUCAAUGAUUAUUUAUUAUCCACUUGAACAUAUUUAUUGGCUCGCCUCUCAUAAAAUCAUUAAAUUAUCUGAAUCGAAAAUUAAUAAAAUUGGAAUUUGGAGUUGCCGAUUUUGGGCGGCUUAUGUUUUAUUACAAUUUUGGCAUCUUGCCACGGAAUGGAGUUUACUUAAAAGAAAACGGAGAGAUAUAAUUAAAAAAGUUGAUGAGGAUGAAGAAGAAAUUAGAAAACAAAAACGUGAAUUGAAAUCGGAGGGUGAAAGAAUCUUUAGAGAAACGAUUUCUAGUAUCGGAUAUUUACCUUUAACGGUACAUUGGUCAAUUGAGAAUUCAACGUUUCCAGAAAUCGGAGUUGGUAUAUUUGGUACACUUGCUGCUUUCUUUCAAUUAACUGGUGCAUGGAAAGGUACUUCUUCAUAA